CCUGGUUCGACAACCUGCCCAGUGUUUGUGCCCACUCGCGCUAUGUGGACGUCCCCGGGACCCUAGCGCUUUACACACCGGUCUACCUUUACCUUGGUGCCAGUGCAAUAUUGGAAACUGGAGCAUGAUGCAAAACUUUUACGAUUAUCAGGAAGAUGACUGUCCGUGGUAUUAUUUUGACAGUUCCUAUAAAACUUUAUUAGGGAGUUGUCUUUUUGUCUUCGGAGUGUUCGGGGUGCUGCUCAACGGCUGGCUUUUCAUCACGUUCAUCCACACUCACCUGCUUACCUUCAGGAGCCAUAUUCUAGUGCUAAAUCUUUGCUCGGCGUCGCUCGGCAGGAAUUUGCUCGGAUUUCCUUUCGCGGGGGCCUCGGCGGUAACGAAACGAUGGUUAUUCGGAUCAGCGUGCUGUCAACUAUUUGCAUUUUUAAAUCAAUUUUUCGGUGUCUUUCAAAUGACUGCAUUACUUGUUAUUAUUCUGGAGAGAUACCUUCUAGCAAAGUUCUACAGACGCGAGAGGAUUCUGCAUCUACGAUUAUACUAUAUCCUCGUUGGUGUAUGUUUCCUGAACGCCGCCGUGUUCGCGACGCCGCCUCUAUUCGGCUACGGGCUCUACUCCUGCGAUCCGACCGGGACCGUAUGCACAUUCUUCUGGCCCUCAGGGACCUCUGGUGCCAAGCAGAUAGGAUACACAGCGCCCUACGUUAUCCUUUGUGGAGUGAUACCAGUCAUUGCUAUUUUCUAUUACACGGGUAAAGCUGUUCGCCUAGAAACUAUUUAUUACAGAAGUGAACAACAAAAAGAACAGAAAAGAUUAACGCAGAGUGUCCACGUCCUCACAAUCUCCACGCUGGCGCUAUGGAUCCCCAGUGCAGUCCUGGCAGGGUACCAGUGGUUCCCAGCUCUAGUCCUGAACUACCGAAGCCACGUGCCACCAACAUUGGCGCUUAUAGCGCCCAUUGCAUCAGAGGCGGCGACCAGCAUCCCCGUGCUCUGCUACCUGUUCGCGGACGAGCGGCUGCGCGCGGCGCUACUCGGCCGCGUGCGGCGGCACUACGCGUUGCUGCGGCCAGACCGCGCCAAACGCUUCCAGGCAUAACCCAGGGCAAGCUCCACAUUUCGAAAGAAACCUGUUGACUACGAAAGCACCAUCAAGCUACUUCAACUAGCCUACGCUGAGCGCUUCCAGACCCAACCUACUUGUAUGGUAUAAUCCAAUUUGCGGCUCGUGGUGACGACAACACAUGAUCACGUGGAACUUCGAACAGAACCGUCAGAACCCAACAAGCGGUUUUAGGCCAGUAAAGGCAUGCUUUAGACUUUAAAGAAGGCUUUUGAUACUCAUGUUGUAUUGACGUAAUAACUGUGAUAGCGCAUGAUCAGGCUGCUUCAAUCAGAUCGUGUGAAAAAUUUCCAGGUCUAAUCUAACCCUUAAUAAGUGUUAUAGAAGGAAUCCCGCGAGUUUGAGUGUUUCCAGUAGGUAUUUUCCUACCCCUCCCACCCAAGUGCUCAGCUGUAAUGUUUUAAGCGUGUGUAAGGACUUGAUGACAAAAUGUGUCAGUAUCUUGUUGGUUAAAGGGCAAGUAAACGGAAAUUAAAGGAUUCGAGAAAAAGAUGCGACCAGGGGCUUGUACUAAACGUCGGCUUAAUGAAUAAAUAUUGUGUGCAUGUGACUUUGUUAAUAGUGAGAUUAAUUUCCCGAGGCUUUCGGUCCUCAUU